GUUAAUGUCUGGUAAGAGAGAUGUGCAGGAUGGGAAAGGGUUGCGAACUAUGGAGCAGCUCGUCGGCCAUGCACCAGUAACCAAAAACGGAUCCAUCCUGCAUCUCUUCUCCCCUGAGGAAGGAGACAUUGACAUCUUAGAAAAUGGAAGGACCAUCGAUGAUUUCAUAGACCUUAAAAUCAAAGAGCUUUCCUCCGAGGAAAAUGAAGAGCCGUUCCUCGUGGCCAAUCUGGACAGUAUGUUUAAGAGGCACUUCAGGUGGCUGACCAACCUGCCUCGAGUCAAGCCUUUCUACGCCGUGAAAUGCAACAACACACCAGCGGUGGUGCAGAUGCUGCGCGCUCUGGACACCGGUUUCGACUGUGCGAGCAAGGGUGAGAUCGAGCUGGCCCUGUCUCUUGGAGUGUCACCAGACAAAAUCAUUUACGCCCAUACAACCAAACCUCUGUCCCACAUCAAGUACGCCUGCGCUCACGGAGUCAACAUGAUGACGUUUGAUAGUGAGGAUGAACUCCUGAAGAUCUCUCUCUGUCAUCCCAAAGCCAAGCUGGUGCUCCGCAUCGCAGUGGACGACUCCAAGUCUCUCUUGAGGCUCAAUUUAAAGUUCGGAGCCAAGCUGGAGAACGUCGGGAAGCUUCUGGAGCGAGCUCACGAGCUGGACCUGAACGUGAUGGGGGUCAGCUUCCACGUCGGCAGCGGCUGCACUGAAUGCGCGUCGUUCAAACAAGCGAUAGAAGACGCCCGGCAAGUCUUUGACAUCGCGAAAUUGAUGGGGUUCCAAAUGAGCCUCUUGGAUAUUGGUGGAGGUUUCUCUGGCAGAGAGGACUUCCAAGUGAAAUUUGAAGAGUUUUCGGAGGUCAUUAACGGAGCUCUGGAUAAAUACUUCCCCCCGGACAGCGGGGUGAAGAUCAUGGCCGAACCAGGCCGGUACUACGUGGAAUCGGCCUUCACGCUGGCGGCUAACGUCAUCGCCAGGAGAGUCAUCACAGACGAUAUCACAGAACUUUGCAAUGGAAAUGAAGACUGUCCCGACAAGAUGAUGAUGUAUUACCUUAACGAUGGCGUGUAUGGCUCCUUAAGUUGCCUCAUCAACGAUGCCGCCCACACUGCGGUCGAGCCGUACCUUCACCGGGCCGUGGACAGCAGCGAGCAGAGGUACCCCUCAGUCAUCUGGGGCCCGACCUGCGACUGCCUCGACAAAGUGACCGACAGCCACUGGUUCCCAGAGCUGCAUGUGGGGGACUGGCUCCUCAUCGACAACAUGGGCGCUUACUCCGUCAGCCUGACCACCGACUUCAACGGCUUUGAGCGCGCCCACAUUUACUCCGUCGUGAGCAACGACAUACUGCACGCCUUAAACCUCUCCCACACCUUUGAGAUCAUCCAGGACUGACCUGAACACACCUCUGCACGCUUUAAACCUCUCCCACACCUUUGAGAUCAUCCAGGACUGACCUGAACACACCUCUGCACGCUUUAAACCUCUCCCACACCUUCCAGAUCAUCCAGGACUGACCUGAACACACCUCUGCAUGCUUUAAACCUCUCCCCCACCUUCGAGAUCAUCCAGGACUGACCUGAACACACCUCUGCACGAUUUAAACCUCUCCCACACCUUUGAGAUCAUCCAGGACUGACCUGAACACACCUCUGCACGACUUAAACCUCUCCUACACCUUUGAGAUCAUCCAGGACUGACCUGAACACACUUCUGCACGCUUUAAACCUCUCCCCAACCUUCGAGAUCAUCCAGGACUGACCUGAACACACCUCUGCACGCUUUAAACCUCUCCCACACCUUUGAGAUCAUCCAGGACUGACCUGAACACACCUCUGCACGCCUUAAACCUCUCCCACACCUUCGAGAUCAUCCAGGACUGACCUGAACACACCUCUGCAUGCUUUAAACCUCUCCCACACCUUCAAGAUCAUCCAGGACUGACCUGAACACACCUCUGCACGCUUUAAACCUCUCCUACACCUUUGAGAUCAUCCAGGACUGACCUGAACACACCUCUGCACAUCUUAAACCUCUCCCACACCUACAAGAUCAUCCAGGACUGACCUGAACACACCUCUGCACGCUUUAAACCUCUCCAACACCUUUGAGAUCAUCCAGGACUGACCUGAACACACCUCUGCACGCUUUAAACCUCUCCAACACCUUUGAGAUCAUCCAGGACUGACCUGAACACACCUCUGCACGCUUUAAACCUCCCACACCUUUGAGAUCAUCCAGGACUGACCUGAACACACCUCUGCAUGCUUUAAACCUCUCCCACACCUUUGAGAUCAUCCAGGACUGACCUGAACACACCUCUGCACGCUUUAAACCUCUCCCACACCUUUGAGAUCAUCCAGGACUGACCUGAACACACCUCUGCACGCCUUAACCGUCUCCCACACCUUCCAGAUCUUUAAACCUCUCCCACACCUUC